AUGAAAAAAAAUUUAAAUUUAAAGAACCUUUUUAUUGAUGAUAAAAUUGCAGAGCUCCAAAACUAAGGCUAAUUAGAAUACUAAGGUGUAGUUUUCGAUUGUAGAUAAUUUAAAUUUGAAAAUAUAAAAUUUAAUCUUAGAUUCACUUAAGAAGGAGAAAUUAUAUACACAAAUUAUUUAGGUUCAAUUUUAAGAAUGUAAGUUUAAAAAAUUAUAACUUAAGUGAUUAAUUUUAAAACCAGGAUGAAGAAUUAGAUAUCAUGUUUAACUUAGACUAAAUUUAAUAUCUUUAAUGGUAGGGAAAAUAUGGAUAGAACUUUUAAAAAUUUGGAAGAUGGAUAGCCUUUUGGAAAGGUCAUGCUUUACCAAAAGCUAGUGGAUAUUACUUAGCAGAUGGAAAAAAGUCAAAUACAUGGAGUGAAAUGACAAAGAAUUACUGCGAGUAAAGAUAAAUAUUAAUAUAUAUAGUUAAUCAUAAAUUUAUGAAGUUGGAGAAUAUUUUAAUAAUUAGAGAAUAGGAAUUUGGAAGUAUGUUUGUGAGAAUUAAGAAAUGUAAUAAUUAAAUAUAUGAAUUAUUGAAUAGUGAUGGGGGAUCAUAUAAUGAAAUAGGUUUAAAGAAUGGGAAAUGGGUAGAUUUGAGUGAGAAUUUUAAUAGGUAUAGACUAUUUAGAUAUUAAAACAAUUUUAAUUAGUUAUAGUUAACUCACCUAGCAGGGAGAAUAUAAAAAUGGAAUAAGAGUAGGUAUAUGGGAUACAUAUUGGAAGCAGGUUAGAGAUAAUGAUAAAUUAAUUUAAAUGUAAAAAAAAAUAUACUCAUAUUAAUUAGUGCUGGAGGAUAUUAUAAUCUAUUAGGAUUGAAAAAUGGUUAAUGGGUUGAGUUGAAUGAUGAUUUUAGAGAGUAUUUCAAUUCUUUUUAUUAUUCACAGUAAUAGUUAAGUUAUUUUUAUUGGAAAAUAUAAUUAAGGGCAAAAAGUGGGAAAAUGGGAUAUCAUUUAUGAGGGGAAAUGCAUGUAAAAAUUAAUAAAUUAGUAUAUUUAUUAUUAGUGGGGGUGGAUCAUAUGAUAAUUAAUACUUGAAGCAUGGAUAAUGGAAGGAAUUGAGUGAUAAUUUUUAUAAGUAUCCAAUUUAUUGAUUAAGUAUUUAGCGAUAGUUAAGUAAUAUAUGAGGGUGAAUAUAAAAAUGGUAUAAAAUUGGUAGAUGGAAUGUUUAUUGGAAAUAAUUAGAAGGCAAUCAUUAGUUUAAUUUAAUGUUUUAAAUAUAAUAAUUUUGAAAUAUUAUAGAGGAGGGGGAUCAUAUAAUAACUUAGGUUUAAAAUUUAAUAAAUGGAUUGAAUUAUUUGAGAAUUUUAGCAGGUGCAUUUAAAUUUAUUAUUAUUAUUAGUGCUAGUUAACUAAUUCUUACAGGAGAAUACAAAAAUGGUCUAAAAGUUGGUAGAUGGGUUGUUAGUUUGAAAGAUGGAAAGUAUUUUGAACAAAUGUAUAAAUGAAACUAUAAAUUAGAGGAGGUGGUUGUUAUGAAGAGGAAGAUGGAACUCAAAAUGGAAAAUGGAUAGAAAUAGACAGAAAUUUUGCUCUGUAUUGAAUUACUUAUAAUAUAAUAACUUGAAAUAGUUGGAGCUAAAUCAUUUAUUAAGGUACCUAUGAAAAGGGUAGGAAAGUUGGCAAAUGGAAUGUAUAUUGGAGGAAGGAAGGGAAAGAGUUUAAUGACUCGUUUAAUUCUAUUUAAAAACAAUUAUAAUAUCUAUUUUUUUUAGUGGGGGAGGUGAUUAUAAUUUAUAAAACUUAAAAAAUGGGUAAUGGAGGGAGCCGAGUAGUAAUUUUUACACGUAUUAUUAUUAUUUAAUAUAAAACUUAGUGACAGUUAAAUUAUUUAUGAAGGUGAAUAUAAUAAUGGUAAAAAAGUUGGCAAUUGGAACAUUUUAUUUAGAUUAAAUGAUGAACCUUUUGAAUUAAUGUAUAAAAUUUAAAUAAUUAGUGGCGGCGGUUAAUAUAAUUUGUUAAACUAAAAACAUGGGUAAUGGAAAGAUUUAAAAGAUAAUUUCUAUAUGUAUUAUAUUUAAGUUUUAAGAACUUAGUGAUAGUUAAAUUAUUAAUCAUGGAAAAUAUGAUAAUGGUAAAAAAAUAGGUAAAUGGGAUAUUUAUUGGAGAAUUGACGGAGACUAGUAAUAAUUUUAGUGCAUGUAUAAUUAUUAAAAAAUCUAAUAUUUUGUUUUAGUGGUGGUGGCUUUUAUGAUAGAUUAAGCUUUCAAAAUGGUAAAUGGAUUGAAUUGGACGAUAAUUACUAUCUGUACUUUAUUAUUAAAUCGAAUAUUAGCGAUAAUUAAAUUAUUUAUGAAGGAGAUUAUAAAAAUGGUAUCAAAACAGGGUUAUGGCUUACAAAAUAUAUGGGCCAAUAAAUGUAUAUUAAACCUUUUUUAAAGAUUAGUGGUGGAGGAUCUUAUAAUCAUAAAAACUAGAAACAUGGGUCAUGGAUCGAAUUGAGCAAUAAUUAUUAAUUGUAUGGAAUAUACUUUUAUUCUUUAUAAGGGAUAAUUAAGUAAUAUAUAAAGGCGAAUAUGAAUAUGGCAUAAAAAUUGGAAAAUGGUCUAUAAUGUAAAGAGGUCACAAAAAGAAUUAAAAAUUUAAAAAAAUGUAAAUAAAUUUCUUUAUUAAAAUAACUCUAAUAUAGAGGAGAAAAUUUCUAUGGCC